AGCUAGUAACUUCUCUUGUGUCAGAUAUGUACAGAAACUUGGCGUUGACUAAACAGUAAUUGCAAAAGGCACUCGAGAGAUAAAGAAAGGCAAGCGGGCACAACACAAUGUUUAACAACUCAACGACUUUAUCCAACACCAGCGUGUCGACGUCACCUCUGCUGACGGCAACCGUACCGCAAGAGGCGGCGGAGGGUAGCGACGGGUUCGUGCACAUCGACAGCGAUGACGCCACCUGGAUCCUGACCAGCGCCAUUUUCAUCUUCACCAUGCAGUCAGGCUUCAGUCUGUUGGAAUCCGGACAGGUGUCCACGAAGAACGAGGUCAACAUCAUCUUCAAGAACGCCAUGGACGUCAUCUUCGGGGGGCUGACGUACUGGCUGGUCGGGUACGGGAUGGGCUUCGGCACCGAGCCCGGCUCCAACUCCGUGGUCGGGGUUGGCUACUUCUUCCUGGACGCCUCCGAGAGAGACAUGGGCUUUCUCUUCUCGAGUUUCUUCUUCCAGCUGGCCUUCGCGACGACGUCUGCGACCAUCGUGAGCGGCGCCAUGGCAGAGAGAGCCACCCUGGAGUCGUACGUUAUCUUCUCUCUGGCGAGCGCGGUCAUCUACGCCCUGCCAUCCAGGUGGCUGUGGUACAAGGGAGGCUGGCUGAAACAGCUGGGCGCCUUAGACAUCGCAGGGUCGGCUGUGGUCCACAUCCUGGGCGGCACCAACGGUCUGGUGGCCACUUUAAUUAUGGGACCUCGGAUCGGCGUAUUCAAACCCGACACUAAGGAACCGAGGAUGGGCUACCCGACUAACGCGCUUCUGGGCAUGUUCAUGCUAUGGUGGGGAUGGCUGGGGUUUAACUGCGGGAGUACAUACGGGAUAACAGGCGGGAAAUGGAAACUCUCCUCUCGGGCUGCCGCUGCCACCUUACUGGCAUCCAUGGGAGGAGGGACGGUCGGGAUCGUGUUCAGUUGGCUUAUGAGGAACGGUAAGAUUGAGAUCCGCUACACUCUAGACGGCAUCCUAGGAUCACUGGUCUCCAUAUCAGCCCUUUGCAGCUUGGCGCGACCGUGGGAGAGCCUGCUGAUCGGGGCUGUUGGCGGGUACUUGGCCAUCCUGGGCGGGGAGCUCAUCAGGAGGCUGCGGAUAGACGACCCGGUCGGGGUGGUGGCCGUGCACGUGGUGGGCGGCGUGUGGGGCAUGCUGGCGGUCGGCCUGUUCCUGCGUCCGGACAGGGUGGCGGGACUGACGAGCCACGCAGGCCUGAUCUACGGCGGCGGCUGGUACAUCCUCGGCGUACAGACCCUUGCCUGCGUCGUCAUCAUCGCCUUGGCCGUGCUGACGUCGUUCGUCACGUUCAAGGCCAUCGACGUGACGAUCGGGCUGCGGAUCAGCACGGUGGCCGAGAUUAUCGGAGCCGACGUGUGCGAGCACAGCAUCAACGGGGAGUACGACGUGUCCGAGGGCGUCAUCCGCACGCCGGGGGGCGAGACCUUCCAGGUACCGUCAGGUCCCGUGCUGUCCAAGAAGGACGUCUUGAAGAUCAUCGACAUCUCCUUGGCCUUGAGGAACAAGGUCGCGAGGUCGGCAUACGGCAAGACGGUGGGCCUGCACGGUCGGAGGCCGUCCACCGCCAACAUCUCAGACGACGGGAAGAGUCUGGUGAUCAGGAGAGCGCGUCGGGCUGCAGAUGACGUCACUGAGGAGGCCAGGGAGCUGCCACAGACAGCAAUGACGUCACACCGGCCGUCAGGACGUCACGGGCGCAACAAUGACGCGUUCGAUGAUGCUGAAGGAAAGUUUCUGAAGGUUCCGGCAGACGUGCACUAA